AUGAAUAAUAGUUUUCAUUCGUCAACUCCAUCGUCCACUUCAGCUUCAUCUGAUACAAAUUCAUCGAUCUCCUCAUUCACUGUAGAUUCCAGCAAUCUCUCGUCGUCCUACUCUUCAACGUCAUCGUCAUCGUCGUCGUCGUCAAGUUCCUUCUUUAAUAGUCAUAAUCAACACAACAACAAUCCGCAACAGAGUCAGCAUCAACAUCAACAUUCACAUUCCGCUCCACAGUUAUCAACAACAAAAACAAAAACAGAUUCAGAUUCAACUGUUUCCGACAGUCCAAACAAAAACAAAACCAGAAACAAAGAUGGUAAUAGCAGUGUCAUUAACAAUAACUUAACAAAUACAAACGAAAUUGAAAGUGGAAACGAAGGAAAUAACAAUAAUAAUAUAAGUAAUGAAGAAUGCGACAGUAAUAUCAAUAACAGUGAAAUAGAUAGAUUCGACUUUGAAUUACUUCCAGAUCAACCGCUGCAUCUUCAACGACAUCAAUUACAACAACAAGAGUUGAAUACCCAGAUUCAAAAGUAUCAACUUCAUCGUCAUCUGCAUUUUCAAUCGCCAGCGCCACUACCUCCAGGUCAGACACUCUCUUCACCCAUCCCCACAGCAACAGCAACAGCAACAACAACAACAACAACACAGACACCCUAUCAUCAUUUACAUCAUAACCAAUAUUUCGAAUCGACAGACACCAGUAGUAAUAUCAUCAACGUUUUGGAACCAAGAGUAGAGACACCUGAAGAGGUCUUUCAAACGAUCAUGGAGAUUGCUAAAUUCAUUUCUCCCGAUCAAAUUGGUACCACCGACGACUGUGGUUACUCGCCAUUCGGUGAUGACAUGACAACCUCUCGUGAAGUGGCAUUUGCAAAGAUUAAAUCGAGAAUUGAAGGUACAAAAAUGGCAGAGGACUAUUUCAAUGCUCAAUAUUCAAAUUUAGAUAUAUAA